AUGUUCGCCAGAUUUUGGAGACAAGGCAAUACUUUACAGGCUACACGGGAAGCCACCAACUAUCUGUUUGAUUUAUUUAAAUAUCUGGGUUUGCAGCCAUCAUUUAAAUGGCCACAUUUACAUAAAGUGUAUGCGAUUUUAAUGAAACUAAUUGUGUGUGUAUCUCUGCCCUUAUCCUUCAUUUUGAGUUAUUGGUACGAAUACAGUAAUAUGACAAACGAGCAAUUGUUGACUUCACUGCAAGCCUGCAUCAAUGCUUUGGGUAUACCCGCCAAAAUUAUUGCAAUUGUGAUGUCCAUGCAACGUUUACAUCAGGCUUUAGAUGUUAUGGAUCUACUAGAUGCUAGAUGCCAGAUUCAGCAGGAGUAUAAUAAAAUUCGCCAGUGUGCCAUGACAUGUAAUCGUUUGACAAUAUUUUAUUGUACAUUAUAUUGUUUGUAUGUAGCAGCUACAAUGGUGGCCUCGAUGUAUAGUGGCAAACCCGGAUAUGCCUUAUUUAUUCCUUUAAUAGAUUGGCACAAUUCUCUUGGCGAGUUUUUGUUACAAUCGUUCAUUGAAUAUAUGCUGAUAAAUAUGGCCAUUCUGUGUCAAGCGGCCAUCGAUGGUUAUCCUGUCAUUUAUAUCUAUGUUAUACGUACUCAUAUGCAGAUAUUGGUCGAACGUGUCCAGAGUUUGGGUACAGAUUUGUCCAGCAGUAAUGAUGAGCAUUAUGAGCAGCUGGUGCAGUGCAUUAAGGAUCAUCAGACUUUGUUAAGUUUGGUAAACAUUAUCAGCCCUGUGAUCUCCAUUACCAUGUUUAUUCAGUUCGCCAUUACCGCUCUCAUAUUAGGCACCACUUUAAUAAAUAUUUUUGUUUUUGCCGAUCUUUCUGGGCAAAUUGGUUCGGUACUUUAUUUUAUGGCAGUCUUAGCGCAAACCAGCCCCUGUUCAUAUCAGGCCACUUGUCUAAUAGACGACAGUGAGCAGCUAGCAUUGGCCAUAUUUCAUUGUAAGUGGAUUGAUAAGGAGAAACGCUUUCGUAAAUUGAUGAUAUACUUUAUGAUGCGUUCCCAGACGCCCAUAACUCUAACGGCUAUGAAACUAUUUCCCAUAACUCUAAACACCAGUGUGGGGAUAGCCAAGUUUUCAUUUUCUCUGUAUACGUUUAUCAAGAAAAUGGAUUUUGGACAAAACCUGAAGUAA